CAAAUAUUUUAAAUACACUCAGUCAGCUGGAAGCUACACGUUGAUUUAGUUUGAGACGCUGGCAUUCCGGUUCUAAAAGCGUUGAAAUUUGAAAUUUAAAUUGUAUAUCCAGCAAAUACACAGAAUGGCGGCGGCUGCUAACAUGGAGAAGGGGGAGCUGAUUAGCCAGGUGAAGCAGCAGAUCGCUUUGGCCAAUGCCCAGGAGAUGCUCGCGAAGAUGACCCACAAAUGCUUCACAAAAUGCAUCCAGAAGCCGGGCAAGGCUCUGGACAACUCGGAUCAGCGCUGUAUCUCACAGUGCAUGGAUCGCUACAUGGAUGCCUGGUAUCUAGUGUCGCGCACCUAUGGCAAUCGCCUUCAGCGGGAGCAGUACAGGACGAUGGACUCCAUGGACAUGUCAAACUAGAAGUCGAUUUCUGAUCCCCUUAAUCGUUGCAUAAAUAAAGCUGAACUCGUUUUA